AUCGCGUCUUUGCCUGGUGGAUAUUUCUUAAUCCUUAUCACAUUAUCUAUGCCUCUAAUUCAACCACCGUAACUUUGCGCAACUUAACCUCCUAUCAGAAAUGUCUGAGGUGUAUGGCAACCUUGACUACUGUUAAUUUCCUGCGGAAAACCUCAACUUGACCAACCCGAAAAUCCCCUUAACACACGCCCGACCAUAACUGAUUGCACACCUUUCGAGAUUAUGUCGUCCCACCGUCGGUCAAGGGCCCGGUUUGAAGAGGGGAAUGAUGAGCAUUCCUCGGGUUCGGACUCGCCGAAGCGAUCACCACAGACUGUAAACGGAGCUUUAUCAGGCGACGACGAUGACGAUGAUAACCAAAGAGAUCGGGACCGAGGCCGAAAUAAUUCUCGGAGGGUACGGAUAAAGAGCUCACCAUCGCAAGCAGACUGUGAGUAUGGUAUAAGUGAAUUCCAGACUGGCGCCAUCGUACGAGUUCUAGUCGAAAAUUUCGUCACUUACGAGCACGCCGAGUUUAAUCCCGGACCAAACCUCAACAUGGUCAUCGGUCCAAACGGCACUGGCAAAAGCUCUCUAGUCUGUGCUAUCUGCCUGGGCUUAGGCUUUCAUCCGAGACACCUAGGCCGCGCGAGUAACGUAGGAGAGUUUGUGAAACACGGAAAAGAAGCCGCGAUAGUUGAGAUCGAAUUACAGAGUCCACCAGAGGAACGUUCAAACCACGUGAUUCGCAUGCAGAUUCGCAAAGAAGACAACAAGACAAAAUGGUGGCUUAAUGGGAAGGACUGCACUCACCAGGCUGUUAAAAAUCUUACCAAUGAACUCCGUAUCCAGAUAGACAACCUGUGCCAGUUUUUACCCCAGGAUAGAGUUGCUGAAUUUGCCGGUCUUACACCUGUACAGCUUCUUCAUGAGACCCUACGAGCCGCCGCCCCCGAAAAAAUGAUCAAGUGGCACGACCAGCUGAAGGAACUCCACAGGAAACAUAAAGAUUUAAAGGCUAGGCUAGAUGGGUGUGCUGAUACUUUAAGGGGUCAUGAAGCACGCCAGCAGGGGUCGCAAGCCGAUGUGGACCGAUUGCGCGAAAGGGAAGCCAUCCAGAAGAAGAUUCAAGAUCUCCACAGCGCUCGUGCUAUUGCCGAGUAUAACACCCUCCGCCGCUUAGUGACCGAGGCAAAGCAGAAGAAGCAUGACGCCUCGAAGCGACUACAGGAACUAGAACAUGCUUGCGGGCCUGCCUUCGAAGCCGUUAAUCGAAAGCAGAAAUACCAGAAAAAGAUCGAGGCUGUUGUCGACGAGCGUAAGAGAGCAUUGAAAAAUGCGGAGGCGGCAUGCGACCAACUUUUACAGGCUAUCGAGGCCCAAGAUGAACGAAUUAAGCACCUUCAAAAUAAAAGGGACGCCGAGAACAAUUCCCACAAUACCAAACGGUCCGACUUAGCGAAGAUUCGCAGGACAAUUACGGAUCUCGAGGCCAGGCUACAGAACAAACCUCCUGAGUUCGUUGGCUCUGAGUGGAACCAGAAGAUUCGUCAACAAGAGCAUGUCUUACGCGAGAACGAGGCAGAGAAGCGUACACUCCGCACCCGGUUUGAAGAGCUAAAAGACCUUAACAUGGGGAAGAAUAGAGAAAAGGCCCAGGUAGAAAAGGACCUAGAAGCUCUAAAUUCCCAGGAUGGUCAAAAGCUUGCCUUUUUAAGGAGGUCCCACCCGGAUGCUGCUAGAGGCUGGAACUGGCUGCGGGAGAAUCAGGAUGAAUUUGAGAAGGAGGUUUUUGGUCCACCUAUGCUCAACUGCUCGGUCAAAGACAAGCGGUUCUCCAACCAAAUCCAAUCGCUUCUCGCGCAGGACGAUUUCUUUUGCUUCACCUGCCAGACUGUCAAUGACCACAAGAAGCUUAGCUCCAAAUUCUUCAAGCAACUGGGGAUUGCGGUGUCGAUCAGGACUUGUGGAAACGAGUUUGCCUCGUUCCGACCAAGUAUACCUAAGGAACAAGUUCGCGAGAUGGGUCUUGAAGGAUACGCUAUCGAAUACCUCGAAGGACCCGAACCGGUUCUUGCAAUGCUCUGCUCGGAAAAGAAAUUGCAUAUCUCUGGAGUUGGUUUUCGAGACACCAGUAAUGAUCAAUUCGACCAGAUAGUCGGUACUGAGAGGAUUCCUAACUGGGCUAAUGCUACCAAUAUGUAUCGCAUCACAAGGCGUAGGGAAUACGGAGAUGGUGUAAUGUCGACAACUACAAGGCGAGUCAAUCCAGGUAAAUACUGGACAGAUCAGCCUGUCGACCAUGCUGAAAGAAGUGCUUUGCAAAGACGAAUCAAUGAAUUGGACGAGGAGAUCCAGGAAAUAAAAAGACAAGGCCAAGAAAAUAAGGCGCGUGUUCAGGAAAUCGACAAUAGCGAAGAACCAAUUCGGCAACACAUAGAAGCGUUAAGAAAAGAAAAGAAUGAGUUGCAGAGAGCUGCCACACAGUAUGCAACGCUCGGAGAUAAAAUUGCGGCCGAGAAAAAGUCGCUGGAAGACACACAGGCAGAACUUGCGGACUGCAGAAAGAGGAUUUUCGAGUACAGUGCUCAAGAAGACCAGUUAAUCGUGGAGAAAGCUAGGUCCGUGCUACAACAUAAAGAGCAACUUUCUCAGAUCCACGAUGCCCACCAGGCCCUACUAGAGGUUCAAAUCCGUCUCAUUGAAGCAGGAUCGGAUGUGAAAAGUCUAGAAGAACAGAAUUCGAACCUCAUGCAACAACUCGACGAGAAGAAGGCUGAGAUCGAGAAUUUAGAUGUAGAGUUAAGACGGCUCAAAACCACGGCGAGUAGUGCUCGCCGUAAGGUCGAGGAGGCGGUCGAUGGUGGCGGCGGUGAUCAGCUUGCAUACCUGAACAGCCUUGUAGGAGAUAAAUCCGCCGAGGAUAUCGAACUCGAAAUCGGCGCCGAGUCUACUAAGCUCGAGCUGAUUCAUGGAGUCGAUCCUGCGAUCCUACGACAAUAUGAAAAGCGCGCACAAGAUAUCCUAGAGCUGACGCAGCGGAAAGAGGAGAUGAACGCUAAACUCGAGUCGUAUAACAGGAAGAUCGAGAGUGUGAAGGAGAAAUGGGAGCCUUCCGUUGAUGAGGUCAUCGGAAAAAUCAACGACGCCUUCAGCUAUAACUUUGAGCAGAUCAAUUGUGCGGGCGAAGUUGGAAUUCACAAGGAUGAGGACUUCGAACAGUGGGCUAUCGAAAUCAAGGUCAAGUUUCGCGAGAAUGAAACCCUUCAGCAACUUAACCAGCAUCGACAAUCCGGUGGCGAGCGCGCCGUGUCCACCAUCUUCUAUCUGAUGGCCCUGCAGUCCAUGGCACAGGCUCCCUUCCGCGUCGUCGACGAAAUUAACCAAGGUAUGGACCCGCGCAACGAGCGCAUGGUGCACGAACGCAUGGUGGAGAUUGCCUGCCGCGAGCACACCUCGCAGUACUUUCUCAUCACGCCUAAGCUCCUUACGGGCCUGCGAUACGACGAGCGCAUGCGCGUCCUGUGCAUCGCUUCCGGCGAGCACAUGCCCGCCGCCGAGGAUGCUAAUAAGUUGGACUUCGGAAACCUGGUCAAGAUCCAGCGGGGCCUCGUCGCUUCUGCCGCAUAAGAGGCGGAGAUCCCUCGUCGUUGAACCAACCCCCUUUUGUUCAUACCGCCUAAUGCUGGUUCUUAUGCCUACAGUUUGCGUUUGUGUUAAGCGGGAGACAUGGACAUAUCGCUGGCAUGCUAGGAGUUUUGGGAGCGCGUAUAGAUGGCUGGUAAUACGGACUGUAAUGGAGGAUACCAAAAAGGAGGCAAGGGAUAAAGGCGUAGGUACAUAUGGUACAUGCGUUGUAGGAAUUGGCCAACUGGCUCUGUAGGUAAUAAUGACCUGAAACGUUCGAUUUUACUACUCGUCUUUCCUGUCGAAGCGUCGUAUUCAUUCGUGUUAAAAUGCUAGUGAAAUCCAUCCUACAAACUUAUUAGACACUUGAGUAGUAUAAGUAGGUAGUUACCUAGGGGAGGUAAUUAUGUCCAAUUAAUAUUAAAUAUACGUGGGUAUCUAAGCAUACUCAUUCAUUCAAUCAUUCUCAGCACCAUCUCCCCCUCCCCCCUCCCCCUUUCCCCUUCCCC